GUUAAAAAAAAGUACUACGGUGAAAGGAAAAACAAGUAAAAUUAUACUCAUUAGUGCUCUUUAUAUCGAUCGUUUAACCUGUAUCUGUCUGUAUCAAUUUCAAAAAAGUACAAAAUUCAUUAUUAUUAAAAUGAAAGUGUUAAUUUUGAUAUUUGUUAUGUUUGUUACUGCGUCACAAAGUUUUCCAACCGACACGCCAACGGCACGAAAACUUCGACUUUUUGAUAAUAUAAAAGCGGCAUCAACGAAUCUGGCAUGGUCCGCCUCAAAUCAAAUAUCAAACGGAGUGAAUCGGACGGCACACUUAAUAAACACGAUGUCAGACGUUUUAACACUGGCUUUGAACACCACCAAUAAAUUAUCGACCAUUGACCGUGCACAUUUUUUGGGUGGAAAACUGGCGAAUGCAUCGUCUAUGUUUCUAAACACGACAUCGACUGUCGUUGCCAGUAUACUGAACGCAAAAUUCAACCGGCUUCAUCAAUUGAUUGCCAUAAAAACGAACAUAGCCAACCGAAUGCUACAUAUUUCAACAAAUUUUAUGAAUAAAACUGGUAAUCUUGUUGGAAAAUUGUUGAAAACGACAACGCCGCCAACUUCUCUGUCCGAUCGUAAAUCCAACUUAACCGAAAAGAUUCUCAAUAAAUCGAUAAAUCUAGUGAAUGUGACGGGUCAGUCUCUGGCGAAUGUUAUGGAUGCUACAUCGAUGCUUUUCACAAAAUCCACCCAUGACGAUCACACCCAGUUCAUUGCUGAGCUUCUUAAUUCGACGACAAAUAUUUUAAAUGCCACAACUAAUUCACUGGGGAUUUUAUUGAAUAUCACAAAUCAAUUAAUUGUCGACGUAAUCCAAUCCAACAACGAUACAAAUACAAAUACAAUGGUUCUUAAUCAAACGGCAAAUCUAUUGUGUGCAUCAUCAAAAACGGUUGCAACAUUUUUAAAUGCUACAACAUUGCUAAUAUCGAAUUCAGCAUCAAAUGAAUUGUCAAUUGGAAUUGGGCAUCGUUUCACACUUGGUGCCAUGAAUGUCACAAGAAAUGCAAUGAAAACCGUGUUUCAAUCGACAAUAACACUGCUACAAGAUGUGAUUGCAUCGAAAAAAGACAUUGCAACACGAUUAAUCAGCACUAGCGAUGCCUUUUUGAAUGCAACCAUUCACAUAAAAACAUUACUUUUCAGUGACACUAUCGAUAAAGCAACGUAUGUUACCAAUAGCACGGCACACUUUAUUGCAUCCAAGUUGCAUGCCUCGGCAGACAAACUAACUUCUCACUUGGACAUUGCUAACACUUCGAACGAAAACCAAAUACCCUUGGCAAAUCCUGGAAACAAUAGCACUUCGAUAACAAAUAAUGUCGAUAAUGCAACGGUAUCAGAAAUUAGUGAAAUCUCAAACAUUUUAAAUGUUACUGAAUCCUCAACUGAAUCAGAAGACGUUUCAAGCACAGUAACUGAAGACGAUAUCACUCUCACAACCAUCGAAACUUCAAGUGUUUCUGAUGCGUCAAUCGGUAGCACCGUUGAUCCAACACCCUCAACGGAUGCGGAUAAAAGUGAAUCCAUACUGACAGGUGAAAUAAAACCAAGCGAAGCUUCAUUUUAAUUAACAAUUAGAUUGACGAACACGGAAUGUAUUUUUUUUUAUGAAUAAAACUAAUGCCAAAAUCAA